AUGGGCACGGUGCUGAGUUUUUCGCCGCGGGAACGCAGGCCCGUGUACACGACUAGCUCGACGGGCGACUUCACCCUCAACAACUUCUCCUACGAGCAGCUGAACAACGUGAAGAACCGCGAAAGCAAAACAAACGUCAGCAUCACUAACUCCAAUAACCACAACCUGAACAACUGCAACAACAUCAACAACAAUGACAACGCGAGGAUCAUCUCCGAGAAGAACGCCUUGGAGAAGAACCUGAAGAAGCACUCGCUCUUCAUAAACGCGUUGUCAUGGAAGAGGUUCUCCACGACGAACAACAACAAAAAGAAGAUGGACAACAACAAGAACAAGAAUAUAACAGUGUUCCGACAGCCCCUAGUUGACAAUAUACACCCGGUGGUGGAUAAAAACAAAAACAUACACCAAAACAAGACCGGCUCGUACUACUCGAACUCGAAGAGCACGUCUGCGCUAGCCUUAGACAUCGUUAGAGUUAAUAACGCUAACAACAACACCAACCACCACAUAAACUGCGAUAAAGUAGGUAAUAAGCAGGCACUCUUGAGUCAAAAUUCCAUCAACUCCCAAAACCAGGUCGUGCCAGUGGCCGCACCUAAGAAGACUGUAAUCCAAGCUUCCACCUCCGAACUGCUUAAAUGUUUAGGGAUGUUCCUUCACACCAAGUGUUAUAAAUUAAGGGAUUUUCAGGCCGGCGAUGCCGUUAUGUGGCUCCGGACUGUCGACAGAAGUCUACUUCUGCAAGGCUGGCAGGACGUGGCCUUCAUCAACCCUGCCAACGUCGUUUUUGUCUACAUGCUCGUCAGAGACCUCGUGGAGAGCGACAUAGAUUGCGAGCGGGACCUUCAAGCCGUAGUCCUCACCUGCCUUUAUCUGUCUUACUCGUACAUGGGGAACGAGAUCUCCUACCCUCUGAAGCCGUUUCUGGUGGAGGAUUCCAAGGAGAAGUUCUGGGACCGAUGUUUAGAUAUAGUUAAUAGACUUUCUUCGAAUAUGUUAAGAAUUAACGCCGAGCCCGGGUACUUCACCGAGAUAUUCACCGAGUUGAAGGCCUGCGGCAUCGGCAACAUUGUAGCUAACAACAUGGCGACGAUGGGUUGUCAAACCGUACCUGUAGUUCCCUGUAAUACCGGCACGACGGUCGCUUGA